UAGGGUUUCACUCUCUCCAGGGCGAAGAGGAGGGCAGGCAGUACAAUACAAGCUGUGGGACACAAAACUACCUGGGAAUCUAUAUUCCUCUUCCUCUGAGCCGCACCUUCUCUGGGACCUUCUGGGACCUGUGUCUUCCCGUGGAUACCUGGGUCUUUAGCCAUGCCUCUCAACACUGAUGCCCCUUCUAACAAGAGGAAGAAGGCCAAUAAGAUCAUCAUUGACCUGUCCAACGUCAGCCAGAAUGAUGAUGAGUCAGACCCCGAGGCCACUGAGCUCGACCUGGGCACCAAGAUCAAGACGCCCAAGGACACCAUGCUGGAGGAGCUCUCCCUGCUCACAAACAAGGGCUCCAAGAUGUUCAAGAUGAGGCAGCAGAGAGUCGAGAAGUUCAUCGUGACCAACGAGAACAAGCAGAACCUCGAGAACCUGCUCAUGUCUCCUCCCCCUGUUCCACCAAAGCCUGAGACAAAGGAAGUGGUGGAGGAGUUGGUGGAUGAGCAGGAGGAGAAGGUGAAGAGGAGGAAGGAGUAUGUGCGCACCUAUGUAUCACCAUGGGAACGGGCCAUGAGGGGCAAUGAGGAGCUGACAGCCACCAUGAAGUCCUCCAUGCCAGGACCCAUUCAGAGACACCAAGAGCUGCCUCAUUACAAGAGCUUCAACAGGACGGCACUGCCGUUCGGUGGCUUCGACAAGGCGCCCAAGACAUUGACCUUCGAGCUCCCAGACUUCAACGAUGUCAACGAGGACCUGGAGCCUCUGCCCUCCCUGCAGGCCGACAUCCGCUCACGCCCCUCGUUCAACCGCACGCCCAUCGGCUGGAUCUGCAGUGAGGAAAACUCACACAUCCACAUGGACCUGGACAACAUCCCCUUCGACGGAGAGACAGACGACCUGUGAACAUGCAUGCACACACAAGCAGUACAUGCGCUGGAACUCAUACACACAUGAAGAACACACCCUUGUGAGUGUAUACAUGAGAGCAUUAGGCACAGUUCAUGAUUUCUACCCCAUACACUGCCAACCUAAAGCACUGUCAGAACUGCUGAGGCUCCCAUGAACACAUGCUUUAAUUACAUGGAAAUGAUUUUAAAAUGAGUUGAUAGAAAAGGACAGAGUAUCUCCCCGUGUCUCCUGUGUGCUUUCUAAUCCUUUCAACCCGAACCAUGAUUGAGUCUUACUAUGAUUUUGCAUACAAUAAGCUAAUGUGAGACCUGUGUGAACAGAUAUAGAUGAGCAUUCUGCACUCUUAAAACAAUGUAUUUAUGCAAUAAAGUUCCCCUUUACAGAA